AUGUACGGGACAGCAAGGAACUCUCACGCCAACGAUAUCGGGAAAGAAGCACGAUUUAAGCAAGUAAAUGUAACGGUAACAACAAUUCCACGUGCUGCUCCACGACGACGACGAAAAAUGGAAAGCAAUUUAUCAUUGAGAACUAUAACCUCAAGAAACUCUAAAAAAUCUAAAAAUUCUGUACGAACGAGUAUCACCAAUUGUAAUCCUCUUAAUCAUUGGACAUAUGAAGAGAACCGUGUUCUGCUAGAGAGUAUUUUCAAUGCUCGUCCUGUAUCUUUACCAAAUAGCCAACGCAAUAGCUACAACAGCUUCAAAUACAAAGAAACAAAAGGCAAAAAUAUAUCGAAGAAUACCCAAGAAACGAGAAAGGAAGAUAAUAAUGCCAAAAAUUGGGCAUCCCGGAAUAAAGUUUCUUUGAAUAUGACGAGACGGGUACUUGAGAUUUGGGAUCGGGGAACUUCGAUGGUGGUUAGAAGGGAAAGGAAAAAGAAUCAAGAUUGA